AUGAUUUUGAACAGAACAGAUUUGGAAACACAUAUCUCUAAGGGCGCCAAUGCCUCAGCUUUGGAGAAAGAGAUUGGUCCGGAACAAUUUCCAGUCAAUGAGCACUAUUUCGGUUUGGUUAAUUUCGGGAAUACAUGCUACUGCAAUUCAGUUCUCCAGGCACUUUAUUUUUGUCGACCGUUUCGAGACAAAGUCUUAGCAUACAAAAGUCAACCAAGAAAAAAAGAGAAUCUCCUUACCUGCUUAGCUGAUCUCUUCCACAGUAUAGCCACGCAGAAGAAAAAAGUUGGAGUCAUACCUCCCAAGAAAUUUAUAACAAGAUUACGAAAAGAAAAUGAGCUUUUUGAUAACUACAUGCAGCAGGAUGCACAUGAGUUCUUAAACUAUCUAUUAAAUACAAUUGCGGAUAUCUUGCAAGAGGAAAGAAAACAAGAGAAACAAAAUGGUCGCCUACCUAAUGGCAACAUCGAGAAUGAAAAUAACAGCCCGCCAGACCCAACCUGGGUUCAUGAAAUCUUUCAGGGAACGUUAACUAAUGAAACCAGAUGUCUUACGUGUGAAACUAUAAGCAGCAAAGAUGAAGACUUCUUAGACCUUUCAGUUGAUGUGGAGCAGAAUACUUCAAUCACUCAUUGUUUAAGGGGUUUCAGCAAUACAGAAACUCUGUGCAGUGAAUACAAAUAUUACUGUGAAGAAUGUCGCAGUAAGCAAGAAGCACAUAAAAGGAUGAAAGUAAAAAAGCUGCCUAUGAUUCUAGCUCUCCAUUUGAAGAGAUUUAAAUACAUGGAUCAGCUGCAUCGAUACACAAAACUCUCUUAUAGAGUAGUUUUUCCUUUAGAGCUUCGUUUAUUUAACACCUCAGGAGAUGCCACCAAUCCUGACAGAAUGUAUGACCUUGUUGCUGUGGUAGUUCAUUGUGGAAGUGGCCCUAACAGAGGACAUUAUAUUGCAAUAGUGAAGAGUCAUGAUUUUUGGUUGCUUUUUGAUGAUGAUAUUGUUGAGAAAAUUGAUGCACAAGCUAUUGAAGAAUUCUACGGGUUGACGUCAGACAUCUCAAAGAACUCAGAGUCCGGUUACAUCCUCUUCUAUCAGUCUCGGGAUUGAGGGGGAACUGUAGGGAAGAGAGAUUUUGAUGUCUCGCAUCUUCUCUAUCUUGGAAUGGAGCAAGCACUGAAAAAAAGGAAAGCAGGGAGCUCCAGGGGCAGUAGCACAGUUUGCACACAACUAAGCAAAGAGUUUGGGAUUCUUAAAACCUCUGUAUCAUUUUCAUUUUAUUUGCUCAGGUAUCGUGCCGAUUACACAUCUCCACUGCAUCCCAUAAGCAAAAAAAGAGAUACCAGCCACUCUUACAGGAGCUUUCCGUUAGGUAAUACUAUCUCUGCGGUCCUAAUUCAAAGCCCAUUAAGCUUUUCAUGGACUUCAGUGGAAUUUGAAUCAGGUUCUAACUGCACUGCCAGAUUGGUGCAAUAGGAGCAUUAGAAAUCUGUAUUUUAUACAGACUUUGUGUAUAAAAGGUAAAGGACUCUUUGUGAACUUAGUUUCCUGUGCUUAAGUUUAAAAGAAUGACGUUGGGAGGGUUAACAUGUAAGCAAGAUAUAUCUGGGCCCAACACAAUUGCCUUCUUGAUGGUGGUAGUUUAACUGAAGAUACAAACUGGUGUCAGGGAGGCAGAUACGUUUUGCUUCUCUGAAGAAGCUUACAUUAUUUAUAAUGUAUGAUCGGGAACAAUCAGUCCAAGAUUAUGGCUUUUAAUCUCCGUAUGGGGAAAGAUUUGGUUUGUAAUAGUUUAUUUUUAUUUAUAAAUUAUUGUAACUUAGGAUCUUGUGUAUUGUCCUUAUUCUAACAAGUAUUGGAAAUUUUAUAUAUUAAUUUGAAUUAAAACUAAGUAUGUUUAAAUGUUAAAAAAGAGCCAAUAUAAAUUCUAAAAACAAUGCCUACAAUAUCUGUAAAAAAUUAAUAACACAGAAGAGAGAUUUCCUUCUGGAGGAACUGGUAUCUAAGUGAGGUACUUUAUUUAAUUAAAUUAGAAUAUUCUCUUUUCAUUAAUGGGUGAAAAAAAAGUGAUCAAACUGUUACAUAGAAGACUUCAAGAAUGCAUAUUGUAAGAGAAUGAUGGUGCAGUGGUGGUAUACUGGUCUUUGUAGUUCUUUAAUAAUUUGUUAAUGGUUCAUGCUC